UUUGAAGACUGGUAUAUAUUAUAUGUGAAUUUCUGAUCAAGUUAUGAUAACUUCAAUUUUCAUCGGCAGCAUGUCAAUAAAUGGUUUGGAGAUGAUGAUACCACUUGCUUUCUUUGCCGGGACCGGCGUGAGAGUGGCGAAUGAGUUAGGAGCAGGCAAUGGAAGAGGAGCAAGAUUUGCAAUGAUCAUAUCAGUGACAGAGUCGUUAAUCAUCGGAAUAGUAUUUUCGAUGCUUGUAGUAUUUCUUCAUGAUCAAAUCGGCUGGAUCUUCUCUUCAAGUGACACUAUCAUAAAAGCAGUUAAUGACCUUUCUAUUCUUCUAGCCUUUACUAUUCUUCUCAACAGUAUCCAACCGGUUCUUUCUGGUGUUGCUGUUGGUUCGGGUUGGCAAUCAUUCGUGGCAUAUAUAAAUUUGGGAUGCUAUUAUUUCAUCGGACUUCCACUUGGAUUUGUCAUGGGCUGGAUUUUCAAGUAUGGUGUCAAGGGCAUUUGGGCUGGUAUGAUAUUCGGAGGAACCGGGAUUCAAACACUGAGACUGAUUUUUAUUGUUAUGAGAUGUGACUGGGAAAAAGAGGCACAAAAAGCAAGUGUGCACGUUAAGAAAUGGUCUGUCUCAAACUCAAGAAACUGAAGAUUGUAUCAGAUAUAUAUAAAUUACACAAGUGCACAUUCCAAAUAUUUAGAUCAUGUCGAUCGUGUGAAACAUAUUAUCAUAUAUAUAUAUAUUUUUUUGAACAUC